UUCCCGGGAAAAGGGGGGCGGAGAGCGCUAGGCGGCGCAGCGGGUGCUCUUACCUUUACUUGGAAGAGAGUCCUCCUCGGAUUAAGCGGGGUGCUUUACAGCAAUGGCCUUGCUCCACAUCAUCGUCCUAUUGCUGGUGGCUGGGCUGUGCAUGGGCCAGGACUUCCCUUUCAGGGACCCCACAUUGCCUUGGGAGGAGCGGCUGGACGACCUGGUUAACAGGCUGACAUUGGAUGAGAUGAUACUGCAGAUGGCAAGAGGAGGGGCAGAGGGCAACAGCCCAGCGCCACCCAUUAAACGACUGGGCAUUGGGCCCUACAGCUGGAACACGGAGUGCCUGCGUGGAGACGUUGCGGCCCCAGGAUGGGCAACUGCUUUCCCCCAGGCCCUGGGCUUGGCUGCCUCCUUCAGCCCUGAGCUCAUCUAUCGCGUGGCCAAUGCCACAGCCACUGAGGUCCGUGCCAAACACAACUACUUCAUCUCCGUUGGUAACUACGACGACCACACUGGCCUGAGCUGCUUCAGCCCUGUGUUAAACAUUAUGAGGCACCCACUGUGGGGCAGAAACCAGGAGACUUACGGAGAGGAUCCAUUCCUGACCAGGGAGCUGGGUGUGGCUUUUGUGACAGGGCUGCAGGGUGACCACCCCCGCUAUGUCAAGGCCAGCGCUGGCUGCAAGCACUUUUCCGUCCAUGGAGGUCCCGAGAACAUCCCUGAGUCCCGUUUGUCCUUCGAUGCUAAGGUGGAGGAGCGUGACUGGCGCAUGACCUUCCUGCCUCAGUUUGAGGCCUGCGUACGGGCUGGAACCUUCAGCUUCAUGUGCAGCUAUAACAGGAUUAAUGGAAUCCCCGCCUGCGCUAACAAGAACCUGCUAACAGACAUCCUGCGUGGAGAAUGGGGCUUCCAGGGCUAUGUGGUGAGCGAUGAGGGAGCUGUGGAGCUGUUAUGGCUUGGUCACAACUAUACCCACAGCUUGCUGGAGUCUGCCAUAGCUUCUGUGAAUGCCGGAUGCAACCUGGAAGUUUCAUACGGGAUGCGGAACAAUGCUUUCACGUUUAUAGGCCAGGCUGUUGCCAAAGGCAACAUCUCCUUCAAAACAAUCAGGGCCAGUGUCCGCCCACUUUUCCGCACCCGUAUGCGCCUGGGUGAGUUUGACCCACCGACCAUGAACCCCUACAAUGCCCUGGGACUGGAGGACGUGCAGACGGAGGCCCACCGCCAGCUGGCUCUUGAAGCUGCCAUUCAUUCCUUUGUCCUGCUAAAAAACCAGCACGGGAUGCUACCUCUUAAGGCCCCAGAUGUGUCGAGGAAGGACUUUGCAGUGGUUGGGCCCUUUGCUGACAAUCCUAGUGUUCUCUUUGGGAACUAUGCUCCAGUCCCAGAUCCUCAGUACAUCUAUACACCCAGGAGGGGCCUGGCAACAAUUGCGGCGAAUGUCACCUUUGCCGCCGGAUGUACCAAUCCCAUGUGCAGCUCCUAUAUGCCAGCCCAAGUGAAGGCCGUGGUAGAAGCAGCAGACAUCGUGGUUGUGUGCCUGGGUAUAGGAACUGAUCUGGAGGCAGAAACCAAAGACCGGAAGGACUUGGCCUUGCCUGGCCACCAGCUGCAACUCCUUCAGGAUGCUGUGGCCUGGGCUGCUGGACGUCCAGUGAUUCUGCUGCUGUUCAACGCAGGCCCACUUGACGUGAGCUGGGCCAAGGCACAGGACAGCGUGGGAGCGAUCUUAGCCUGUUUCUACCCAGCUCAGGCCACCGGCCUGGCUCUUGCCAAGGUGUUGGUGGGAGCUAAAGGGGCAAAUCCUGCUGGCCGACUCCCUGCUACGUGGCCUGCAGGCAUGCACCAGGUUCCACCAAUGGAGAACUACACAAUGGUUGGACGGACGUACCGCUACUAUGGGGACGAGGCUCCGCUGUACCCCUUUGGCUAUGGGCUCUCGUUUACCACCUUUCAAUACAGCGACCUGGUGCUAGGUGCCGAUGUUUUGCCCAUUUGCGGUAACCUCAGCAUCUCUGCAGUGGUGAAGAAUGUGGGCUCCAGGGAUGGUGAAGAGGUGGUGCAGCUCUACCUCCGCUGGGGAGGGGCAUCCGUGCCAGUGCCACGCUGGCAGCUGGUUGGCUUCCGCCGGAUUCCAGUGCCUGUGGGACAUGCCGUGAAAGUACCCUUCCAGUUAGACUUCAGCCAGAGAGCCAUCUGGGCUGGGGAGUGGCGCCUGGAGCCUGGCACUUUCACCCUUUUUGUUGGGGGGCAGCAGCCCUUCCAAGAAACCCGAGCCCCUUCUAACAUCCUGCAAGCUGAUUUUACAGUCUCCGGGGAGGCCUGCCGCACCGUCCAAUGCUAGUCGUCGGAACAGAUGAGGGAGGAGCCCCCUGAAAGGCAAAAGGGCAUCUCACUAGGUCAGGCCAUGUAUAUAUGAGAUGAGUUUCUGCAUUAAGAAAAAUGUGCAGGAGGAGGGAGAGACUGUGAGGCCCUAUGAACUGUGGGAGAGGGUAAUAUCCCUCUGGAUAUACGCCAGCCUUGUUUUUGUGGCCUGCGUGGCAAGAACUGUUUUCAGUGGAGCACUGGUGAGGCUGGGGCUAAUCUGGAGAAGAAGGCUCUGAGAUAACAGAAGGUUGUUCUCUGAAAGGAUGAUGACAGUUUGAUUUUUAAAGUCAUUGAUCAUGUCUUCAGCUAGCUUUGCUAAAACUGAAUAGGCAAUAAAGGGCUCAAAUAGCAGCAAGCGGAGGAUGCUUGAAAGAU